UAAUGAUAUAGCAGAGAUCAUGUAACAGGACAGCAGUGCAAUAGUCCUUCCCUAAAUGGUCUGAAAAUAGUUGCAGCUCGGGCUUUAGAAAUUGAAAACGUUCCUACAUGUGAAACGAGGGAUUAGGGUACUGUUUGAACGCUUCAAAGCAAACCAUGUAGGCGGUAAAUGUGUAUUUAGUGUAAAAACUGCUGUAUGUUUUGAAUACUUAAUGCACAUUUGCCCCCACCUUGUGUUUGGUCUUGCAGGAUUGUCUUCUGCUUCACUCACUCCCAGAAAUAAAAGUACUUUGUCACUGGGGCGGUACCAUCAAGGGGAACACAAUCACAUCUUGAGAACCAUGUGGGUGAAAAUCCUUGUGGGCCUGUGCCUGUUGGCCAGCGUCGGAGCAGACAAGAAGCUCAGCAGCCAUGCCACAAUCCUGGCAGACAACACCGCCAACCUGGCCUUUAACCUGUACCAGAACAUGGCCAAGGAGAAAGAUGUGGAGAAUAUCUUGAUUUCCCCUGUGGUGGUGGCUUCCUCGCUGGGUCUGGUGGCUCUAGGUGGAAAGGCCUCCACAGCUUCGCAGGUGAAUACUGUCCUCGGUGGGAAAAAAGUAAAGGCUGAGAAUCUCCACUCGGGCCUGGCUGAGCUUCUGAGCGAGGUUAGCAACCCUAAGGAACGCAAUGUCACCUGGAAGAUUAACAACCGGCUGUACGGCCCCAGUUCAGUCAGCUUUUCUGAGGACUUUGUGAAGAACAGCAAGAAGCACUACAACUACGAGCACGCCAAGAUCAACUUCCGUGACAAGAAGAGUGCUGUCAACGCCAUCAAUGAAUGGGCUUCCAAGUCUACUGAUGGCAAGCUGCCUGAGGUCACCAAAGAUGUUGAGAAGACGGAUGGCGCCAUGAUCAUCAAUGCUAUGUUCUACAAACCUCACUGGGAUGAACAGUUCCAUCACCAGAUGGUUGACAACCGUGGCUUCCUCGUCCAUCGUUCAUACACAGUGUCAGUACCCAUGAUGCACCGCACAGGUAUCUACGGCUUUUAUGAUGACACUGCCAACAGCUUCUUCGUCCUGGAGAUGCCGCUGGCUCAUAAGAAAUCAUCUGUAAUCUUCAUCAUGCCUUACCAUGUGGAGUCUCUGGAGAGGCUGGAGAAAAUGCUGACGCGUAAACAGCUGGACAUCUGGCAGUCUAAGAUGGAGCAGAAAGCCGUGGCAGUCUCUUUACCGAAGGUCAGCAUGGAGGUCAGCCACAAUCUACAGAAAUAUCUUGGAGAACUUGGUGUAACUGAGGCCGUGGAUAAAACCAAGGCUGAUUUAUCCAACAUCUCAGGAAAGAAAGACCUUUACCUGGCCAACGUCUUCCAUGCCUCCGCCUUUGAGUGGGACACAGCUGGCAACCCUCCUGACACCAGCAUCUUCGGCACCGACAAGGUGAAGAACCCCAAACUGUUCUACGCGGACCAUCCAUUCAUCUUCCUGGUGAAAGAUAAGAACACAAGCUCCAUCCUCUUCAUCGGCAGGCUGGUCCGGCCCAAAGGCGACAAGAUGAGAGACGAGUUAUAACUGACUUCAGUGCAAGUUUCAACUGAAUUAUAUGGAUAGCCUGUGCGCAUGUGAGUGUGCUUGUGUGUAUGAGUGUUGAGAGAGAAAGAGAGUGUGUGUGUGGCAUUAACUUGAAACUUAAACAGCAGAGGACUGUUACCUCAUUCCAGAAGACCAUCUGUGGACCAUCACCUGUGUGUUUGAGGCAUGUUCUGUCCCAAACACACACACCGUGUUAGACACGAAACAGUGUGUACUCAGCCAAACCAAUCCAACUCAGCUGAAAGUGUGCAUUAAAGUUUUUUUUUAAUGUUUAAAUGUUUCCAUUCAAACUUUUACAAAGUCUAAGGAAAUAGGUGAAGAAAAUGCAAAUUUCCACUAAAUACUUUUGUGAAUAUUCUGAAGACAAGUGUGACAAGAUGAUGUCAUCAAAACAGUUCUGAUGCUGUUCCAAUAUUGUUUAACCGCCCUUGUUGUCUUCUCCUUAAGUCUGUAUCACUUGCAGCUUACACAAACUCAAAAACAGUGUAGUUAAAGUGAAUUUUUGGCAAUCUGUAUGUUUUUUUUUUUCACAUUAUGUGCAAAUUGUCCUACUGAUUAGCUAGCUAGCAUAUUACCUACUUUUUACAUUUUUUUCAGAGAGCUAGCACGCUCAUUGCCUAGCUUGCUAGCUAACUAGCAGAAUAUAUAUCUGUUACUGUUCUGCUUUCCAUUCAUAAACAGCUUCAUCCAAAAUAUUUGCUCUUUUGCAAAGGAUAUUGCAUCAGACUGCAAUGCCUUUUGGGUAAGUUUUGCUUACCCGUGGGUCUCCCUCGGGUAUUCAAGGGCUAGCAAACUUCUCUUGACCUAAUAAAGAAGUGGAGCAGCUCUCAAAAUGGCAAAGGGGAUUCCCUCAAGGGGAAGUCGAGAAGGGUGUGCUAAAAACAAUAUUGUAACAGGCACUCACUAUGUCAUCUGUUUUAUUGCCUUUUCCUGCAUUUGCUCUUUCUCUGUCUUUAUUUAUAUGACUUUUACGUGAUUGUCAAAGCGAGAAGGCUUAUUUUUCUUCAGGUUAAAGAGUGUCAAAAGCAGGCAAAGUGAUCCCAUGCUAAUAUUAAGUAUGAUCUCCGAGGUACAUCCUUUAACAGCAUUCUCUCAGGGUUUUAGCUUUUCUUGUACAUGCCUGAAUGGCCUCGCUGACUGACACUAUAUGAAAGAUGAUCUGGGUUUGUGAAAUAGCUCUCAGUAUCUGAAGGAAUUUACAAACAUUUCACAAAGUGCACACAGAGUACAUUCCUGUAGACCCUCAGAUACACCCCCGUGUCUGGCCUGGUUGCAGUCCGCACUGAAAAUGCUCCUCUGCACUAGAAAACCUGUGAUUUACUGAAUUUGUUGAUCGGCCUAGCUAUGAAAUUGUUUUCAGAUAAAUUGUGUGUUCCAAUUUUUUUUUCCAAUAAAAUCUGCACCACAGAA